GCUGUACCAUCAGGCGUGAAUCAACUUCGUUGUCGCGUCGCCACAACUCCAGCAAAUCCAGAGAACCAUACCGAUCCUACCACCGUCGAACAGUCCCGCUGAGAACAAAGACACCACCGAGCAACAGACGGAACGGAUCUCUACUUCUGAUACCCCGUGUCUUUUUGUCCCCCGAAACGACAAUCGCCAUGCUCAACUGGCUCACCGGAGGAGUCGUUGGAGCACCCGGGGGAUAUGCAGCUGCUACGGGAAACCAGAAUCAGGCGCUGGAGCACGAACGGCCACAGACACCGCCGCCUGUGGCGUUCGAAGAAUAUGACGACCCUAUGCAACCCCCCCAGACUCCCGCUGCUUUGUUCGCCGUCAAGGCCUUCCGAACAGCAAUCUUUGGCACGCCGGCUCCAAAGCCCCCCCGGUUCGUACGAGCACCCCAGCCCACGGAGCCAGAACAGCCACACUUCACUCCG